CCUCAGCUGCUUUUUAAUUGGGCGGCCUUCGGAGGGCCCUUGCCAGGACUACAUUUCCCAGUGUGCUUUGGGGCUUAGGCGAGCAGCUCCCGGACGUUGCCUCGCGAGUUCCUUUUUGCCGUAAAGGAAGAAGCGGACGGUUCCUGCGAGACCGGUGGGAUCCGUCGCUGCUGGGUUGGCUCGUCCGGGUAAGCGGCUUCCUUCCUACCUUCACCUUUUCCGACUUCGCCUCCUGGCCGCCUUGUCCUGGAAAGUGGGGGAGGCAGCCGGGGAGCAAGGAGAGCCUGACCUGUCGGUUUGGCGCUUGGGAAUCCUCUCCUUGCUCCUGCCGGGGAAAGCGAAAAGCCCCUUUUCCUAAUCCUUUCCUGCCGUUGGGGCGCGAUGAGGAGGCGAAGGGAAGCAAAAGCGCUUCCCCACGUGCAGAAUGCCCCGGUCGGGUCAUUAGGCGCGCGUGUUCACUUCUGCCUCCUCCGAGCAACGAUUUCACUGCGAGAGCAAAGCACCCGUGGCUGAACUGUUGUCAAUGAUGCCGCGGUACCCUGUCUUAAAAUAGAUCCGAGAAGUUCUAGUGUUGGACAUUAGCGUUCUGACAACCGGCCGAAUCAUCCGGGUUCGUUUCUGCAGUGCGGCAAAUACUUAUUGGCUGGUUUGGAUGGUUAGUUGCCGCUCUGGAGAGACCCUGGAUCUGCAUCUGAAAGUGCACACACGCGUGUACAGAAGCGAGCCUGAGGCGAAUCAAGGCAGGCAUAGGAUACAUACUGUUCUUGCUUGCCGCUAGGGGUGUAACCAGCGCAAUUCAGUGUAAAGAACGUUUCCCGCAUUCCCUAUAUGUGGUUUUGACAGCCUUGGCACAUGAAUCCAUGAAGGUUACUCGCUGCAACAAAAGUUUAGUGGCUCUUUGUUUAAAGUCUCUUUUGAAGGUUCAUAAGCAUGAAACAGUGUUGGUUGCUCUUGGGACCCCGUGGUAGUAGAAGCCCUCUCCAGGACCACUUCCUGCCUCCCUCUGAAUAAAGGACCCCUUCAGAGGGAGGCUUGGGCCCACACUACAUAGAAACCUGUUGCAUCAUUGCUAGCUCCUUCCUUACAGCUGCAAAUGCUAUUUAAACAGUGUUUAAAAGUGGUGCUGCUGCUCCAUGGGAAGCUCCUGAUAGUAGGGGGUUGCAGUGGUGGCGGUGGCAGCAGCCACAGACAGCCCUGCAAGCAGCAGAUGGGAGUGGAAUCUGCCACCUGAGCCAGACCUGUCCAUCAUAGCUGAUACCAUCUUGCUGCUGAAGAAGGGUCUGGGAAGGAGAAAAAUCACUUCUGAAAAAUAUCUUGCUGAACCUGAGUGAACAGCAUUCUGUCAACCAGCUGCUAAUUGGGGCCAAGUUGUUCAAGAGUGUGGUGGCAGGCCAGCUCUAAACAGUCCUGCAAGCUAGGUGUUGUUGUGUGUGUGUGUGUGUGUGUGUGUGUGUGCAUCAUCCUGUUCUCUCUUUUUGGUUCCAAGCUAGAUCCAGUUUAUUUGUAGAAGGAGGUAUCUGGAACCCUUUGAUUAUUGUACUGCUUUUUGCUGUUUUUAUGUUGUAUUUUUAAUUGUUUUAAGGCUGCAGUCCUGCACCUACUUACAGUACCUAGGAAUAAGCUUCAUUGAAAUCAGUGAGAUUAACUUCUGAAGAGAUGUACAGACUUGCAGAAAAGCAGGAUAAAAAGUAUUUAAAAAUAAAUUAUAUGAGGAAAGAACUGUUCUCACAUGGCUCAGGCAGUUCGUGGUAACAUUGUUUGGUAAUGCUGUGACUGAGCCAUGGAGCACUUGCAUUGUCUUGUGGGGCUCAAAGCUGAGAUAAACUUCCUGGGUGGUAUUCGUGAUUUAUGUUCAUUAAUUCCAGUGGGUCUGCUCUGAGUUGCACUUGGUUGACUGCUACACCUCUGCCUCCAGAGUCUGUACAAUUGGUAUAAUGAAAUUUUAGAGAAGGGGUGGGAAGCUUUUUUUCAAGCAACCCAUUGGUUGUCUCAUGAAAGUGGUUGGUGGACUCUAGGACACAAAAUGGGUGAAGCAGAGAAAUUAAGGUGACUCUUACCUUUGUAACAAUUGACGGCAUUCCAGCCAUACAUCAGAGUUUUCUGCAUACACCACAGACACAGAGGAAACUGCCUUCUACUGAGUUAGAUUCAUUGAUCCAUCUAGCUCAGUGUGGACUAGAGUGGCAGUGGCAUUCCAGAAAGGGGUCUGAACACACCUCUCCAUACACACAAGCAGUCAAGGAUGCGUUUUAGCCAACCAAAAGCACGGGGGGGGGGGGGCAAAGCAAAGCCAGCAAUAGUCAUCGCUGGGGAAGAGUCCCAAGGGCCAGGGAGAGAGUCCUGCCAAGCCACAUUGUUCUCCUGGGCCUGAGGUUCCCCACACCUGUCACAGGGAAAUAGCAAGGCAAAGAUGGAGAAGACUUUGCAUAGUGAAAAAUUAAACAGUGAAAGUCUGGAAGAGCUAUUGAAAUGUGUACAAGGUGACUUGCAAAUUGUGGAUCUAAUACGUUUUGACUAAUCUCCUGACAAACCACUGAUUCCCAAACAGUGACGGACUGAACUGCGCAGAUUUUCUUUAAACAUCACUGUGACGUGACAGCUGUUUUGUCUGCUAGCAUGGCCAUGGCAUCACGGAGGGCUGUGUUGUCGAGGACUGCAUGGGCGCGUUUGGCAGCUUUCACCAAGCAAGUUCUGUCUCCUAGUAAGUGUGCAUGGAUUCUCUUUUAACUCUAAUGGAGUGGGAUCUUGCUUUGCACACACAGAAGGUGGCUGCUGCUGCUGCUGCUGCCAUCACCAUGGAGCUAAGCAGCUUGUGGUUCUAGAUGGGAAAAGAGUUUGUGUCUCCACUCAAGAGGAGCAUGACUGAGCCAGCUCUGCUGCAGCAAAGGCAGUUCAGCAGCACUCCGGUAGUACAAGAAGAGAAGCUUCUUUCUUUUCCCAUUCAAGCCUUGUUGCCCAAGUCUGUGUCCAGGGAGCCUGGAGAAAUGUGCUGCUGGCUGACAGACAUGCAAGAAGGAAGACUAUAUGCCCAAUCACUCUGUUGGAGGGGAGGAGAAAUAACCGGGAAAACCUGCAAUGGCAUAGUAGCCUUACAUGCCAGGGGAUGGAAAAGUAGAGCCCUCCCCUUUAUUCCUGCCCAUCUCUCCCAGAGUAUUUGGCAUAGAGCUGCCUUCACCAACCUGGUGCCCUCCAGCUGGUGGCAGACUGCAACUCCCAUCAGUGCAAGCUGCAUAGCUGUACACUGCUGGUGCUGAUGGGAGUCGUAGUUCAGCAGCAUCAGGAGGGCGCCUGGUUAGGGAAUACUGUCAUAGAGUUUGGACCGUGUGCUGCUGCAGAAUGGCGUACACACCCAGCUUCCCAAAGGGUGUAUGUGUUUGCCCAGCCUUACCUAAUUUGGGUGGGUUCCAUCUUUUCUCCUCUCACUCCCCACCAUUUUUUAAUGGAGGCUGCUUCUAAAGUGACACCAGUUGGAGAACAGAGGCAGAGGAAGUGGCAAAGCAGCACUGGACUUUCUUUUCUUAUCCGCAACGUAUUGAGUGGCAACUCUGCCAUGUGGCGCCUGAAGCUGGGGAAGGGUCUCCCUUGCAUUGAACAGUCUGCAGGAGGGGCAGGGGGAGGGAAGAAUACUUGGCUAUCAAUCAAGAAAGGUAGGACAGAGCUGUGUAGCUCUUCUGUUAUACCAUAUGCCUCUAUCUAUCUAUCUAUCUAUCUAUCUAUCUAUAGGGUUAUGUGGUGUCAUACUGCUUUUUUUCAAAGCAGUCUGACACCUGUAAAUAUUGUGCAGUGCCAGUGAGGGACAUUGCUUGCGGAGAGGCUUUGAAAAGUGAGAUAACUUAACACAGACAUCCCCAAACUCAGCCCUCCAGAUGUUUGGGGACUACAACUCCCAUCAUCCCUAGCUAAGAGAACCAGUGGUCAAGGAUGAUGGGAAUUGUAGUCCCAAAACAUCUAGAGGGCUGAGUUUGGGGAUGCCUGACUUAACAUGUCUUCACAUUGAUUUAUGUUCCAAUCCCUAGUUUAGCACUGUGAGUUGUUACAAUGACCACUUUAUGCUCAGCAGUGUUCAAAGGAAACCCACAUUGUGCUGUUUUCUGUUUCCGGUGUUUUACUUGGCUCUUAUAUUUUCAGAUGCAUCUGUAUUUUGUGCUUGUCCCAAAUCUACAUAUUCAGCUCUUCCCGAUGACUAUAACUGGUAUGUAUUAAGCCAUUCAGAUUUAACUCAAAAGUUCAUUUCGCAAGUGUGUGAAAAGACACCAGGAUGUCAGUUGCUAUAUUAGAAGUAGCACAAUUGCCAGUCCACUCUUACUGCUAGAAUAAUUUAUGAAUUUUAGAAUCUCUUUUCAUUUCUCAUUAAAAUAAAACACCAUAUUUUAGUGGAGUUGGGCUUUUGUAGAGCUAUGAAGACUUGCUGAAAAUGUAUUAGACUCUGGAGAGAUGCUGCUGGCCAGAUUCUAGAAGAUUGAGGUAUAAGGUAUAUUGGUAUAAGGCAGCUUCCUAUGCACCGUUCCUAUGCACUGCUUUCAUAGUAAUCACUUUUGUCUUGCAUCAGGCUGAACAUCUCAUUAGGAUAUCAGCUUAGUUGGGCUUGCUGUCAAGGAACUUGGCUUCAACAGCCCUAGUUUAGGUGUUUAGUAUUGUUCUACCUUGCCCACAGAUUUUUUGAAUAUAAAUGAAGGUCUCUAUGCUCUUUGUCUAAUAAACUCACUAAUUUGGAUGUUUAUGAGUGUGGUCAGUGGCUCCAUAAAAAUGCUGCUGUGAGAGAAAAACUGAUAUUGAAGUCAGACAUUUCAUUAGGAUUGUUUGGACAACACGUACCGUUAGUGCAUAUUCUGGUUGCAAAGAACUGGGGAGGAAACCCAAACAGUGCUUACUCACUGUGGAAAGACUGAUGCCAAAGUGCAUGCCAAAGGUUACAUACUUCAAAGGACUAUACUACAGGAAAACAAGUGCUCUGCCUUACUGGACAGCUAAACAGCAUUUUUGGUCUAUUAGAACAACUUUAAAUCAUAUAAAUAAAUUUAGAUCAAUUUAAAUAUUGUAUAAAAAUAUUUUCUUGAGGUCUAGCCUCUAUUCUGGAUUUUUAAAAUUAUUAUUUCAUUUAAUUAUGCAAACCUUUUAGUUAAAACAAGAAGGAAAAAGCCUUGUCCAAUGUCAUCUCUUUCUUUUUUAGCAAAGUGGAACUUGCUGUGACAUCGGAUGGAAAAACUAUUGUUUGCUAUCACCCUUCAGUGGACAUUCCAUAUGAGCACACAAGAGUAUGUGAAUCUGCAAAAAAAUAUCUUCCUGAUUUUAUCAGGCGAACAUAGCUCAUCUUUGGGUACCCUUCCAGUUUUCUUCUUGGUGGUUAUCCUUUACCAUGAACGUGAUUUAAAAAUAGGCUUGUGCUCAAAACUUAAGCUUGGCACACUUAACAUAGCUUAAAUUUUCAGCUUGAUCACCAAGAAGUUCAGAUCUGUGGCAAUAUAUACAAGUUCAGCGGAACACCCUAGUCUUCAGCCCUUUUCAAGACUGCAUGCAUCAUUUCACCUUGCUGUUAUUUCCCAAAGUAAUCCAGAUAUCUAGAUUAUGUUCAUCUUUAAAUUCUGUUCCAUUAAGUGGAGCACUAUUUCAGUAGCUGUUCUCCCAGAGCCAGCAGAAAAGAGGCUGCAGUCUACAUUUCAUGGAUAAUUAGAAGCCAGAAAUGCACAAGUAGUAGUGAGAAUGAGCUAUUGCAAGUAGUUUAGUUCCAGCAGAAGUUGCUUGGAUCAAAAGAGGGGCAGGUUAUUCCCAUAUAAGGUUCAGAACAGUGGCAGGCAAAAAAGCUAGAGAAAAAUAGGACUGAUAAAUUUGUUUGGAGUGAAGAGUAUUCGCUUUUGUUCUGCAGCAUAAUGGCCAGGAUUCAGCAUGCUGUAAUCUUUGGAUGGGGUGGGGUUUUAAACGAUGUAUACAGCAAAAUGGCAAAUUACAUUCAGCCUAAAACUAGCAAUACCUGCACAUUUCAUAACUGUAAGGCAAUAAAUAUAUAUGUUUAUGGCUUUUCUUUGGGGGGGGUAUUUUUUUUAGUUUGUUAAUUGGGGCAGUUUUCUUUUGACAGCCCAUUCCACAACUAGAUCCACUGGAUUAUAGAGAAGAAACACAUGAUCAAAUCCUGAAAUCUAGAUUGGAUGGAAAGGACUUCAAGAACCAGCAAGGUCCUAUGAUUGAGGAACUUAGUAAAAUGUUUUACACAACAAAGCACCGCUGGUACCCUGUGGGACAGUAAGUAUUGUGUGGGAGGGUGACGAGUACUGCAGAACCUGGAUUGGGCUGGAUCCAGACUUUGCCUUCCACAGAUGGAAAGGCCCCUUCAUCCACAGAAGGGUUUUCCUGCUAGCAGAGGGGAGGAAGGCAACAUUUGUUGAUUCCCUCCUCCCCCAGCAGCCUCCAGUUCAUUCUUCCACGUUUUCAGAGGUUCCCUCAACCCUCCAGAAUAGUUGGGGCAAAGCUAUUUUGGGUAAGAUACCAGGAUUUUCAUCUGCUCUGAUUUUAGCUCCUACCUAAAUGGCUAUACCGAUAAUAAAGUACCUUAGAGAGAAAUAUAUAUCCAGAUACAUAUGAGAAGACUUGUGCUUAUCCAAUACCUAAGUGGGCUAGGAAACAUGGCGCUUGAAUUUCUGGAAUGGUUUGUUAUGUUGGGAAUUAUUGAUAAUAAUUUAACUCAUCUGGUCCUACCAGUAAGAUUUUUAUUUUAUUUUUUGUAUAAACAAUGUAAUUCAUGCAGGCAUGAAUACUGAUCCAGUUUUAUGUUUGGCAGUCAUCUAUAGCCCUACCAACAAGAAAACAAACUUGCUUUUUUAAAAAAAUGCAGGAAUUCCUUUAUUUUGUAUUUUUUAACAUACCUUUAUUUAUACUUAUUCAAAGAUAUAGAAAACUUCAUACCCAUUCGAAGUAUCACAAUGAACAGUAGAUGGGGAAAACAAGGCUUUCCUCUAAGAUAACAUGUCUAUAAAAGUCUACAGCAUAAAAGUUUACCACAUAAAAUAUAAGAUUACAAGCAUUAACAUAGCUGGAGCAGAGCUUCUUAGCUGCCAGAGCAAAUUUGGCUACCAGAUGAGUAUAUUGUAGAUAUUUAUCAGCUAUGAGUUCAACUGUCACUUCCUGGAGCGGAUCAGCCUGGGAACCGGUUAAGAAUAGACGAUAAAACAUUUCCAUUGGACUUUGUAUAUAAGGAGCAAAUCAAUAUAUAUCCUUGACCUGAUUACAUCCAUAAAUGUGUUUCCGUUCCAUAUGGGGUAUUCCUCUAAGUAUAUCGAGGGCAUCUGCUGGAACCUUAUUUUGACAAAAGGCCCCAAUAGUUUUUUCCACAACUAUUCAGGGUCUCAGGGUAAUGGGGCCUUGAAUAAAAAGGUAAAGGGACCCCUGACCAUUAGGUCCAGUCGUGACCGACUCUGGGGUUGCGGCGCUCAUCUCGCUUUAUUGGCCGAGGGAGCUGGCGUACAGCUUCCGGGUCAUGUGGCCAGCAUGACUAAGCCGCUUCUGGCAAAGCAGAGCAGCGCACGGAAACGCUGUUUACCUUCCUGCUGGAGCGGUACCUAUUUAUCUACUUGCACUUUGAGGUGCUUUCGAACUGCUAGGUUGGCAGGAGCAGGGACCGAGCAACGGGAGCUCACCCUGUCGCGGGGAUUCGAACCACCAACCUUCUGAUUGGCAAGUCCUAGGCUCUGUGGUUUAACCCACAGCGCCACCCGCAUCCCUGGGGCCUUGAAUAGUUGUCCUUAAUUUGAGGACACCAAAUAGACUCAUCUGAAACCUUGGAGAGCUGCCGCCAGUAAUUGUGGAUGUUACUGAGCUGGAUGGACCAGGUAGUAAACAGAUUUCCUAUUUUCCUGUGCUACACACAUCACCUAGAAUUGUGUGUCGCAGUCUCUGGCCAUAUAGUCCUGCAGUUCAGCCACUGUGGAUGUAGUUUAGCAUAGAAGCAGAUGUCUUGAUCAAGCUCUUUUCUAGCACAGCUAGCAAGAGAGACACAAUGUGAUGCUGUGCUGAGUAUAGGAUCGGACAUAGGACUCCUAGGGAACUUUCAUCCUUUGUCUGCUGCUGGAAGUUGGAUUUGCCCACGAACCAAAAAAGUACAGGGUAUUUUUGCACUACAGAAGACUUGAUUUUUAUUUUUAUUUUGUAUUGGGCAGACAAAUAUACAAGGUAUAAUAAAUGUAAUGUCAAAACACAAUGUCAACAUGACAAUCACUGGUCUCUUAAAACCGAGUAUUCAAAUGACUGAACGUAUGACAAAAUACAUUUUAAUGUGUUUCUUCUCUUUUUUUUCUUCAAGGUACCACACUAGACGCAAGAAAACCAAUACCCCUAAAGACAGAUGAAAACCAUGUUUGUCACCUUGUCGUUGCUGUCGGGGCAAGCGACUACUUAAGUGGAUGAGAUUGCUUUGAAAGUGUAUAUAUAUGUUAGGUUGUCAUUAAAGUACUUUUCUAACUCAAACUUGCUUUGUGCCUUCGCCCGUUCCUGUGUGCUGGUUUGCUGUGCAUAAUUUCAGAGCACAAGGACUGAACUAACAGAUCGCUGUUCCUACUAGGGCAGACCUUGGGAAACAAGGCCAAUGCUGCAGCUGAAAUGAGUGUUAAACAGGGGGUUGAAAUCCAAGGCAACUUUGUGAUGAGACUUGUGAUGAGCAGAGGGAGCCCAAAGAUCAAGAAGGAAAUGCAUAGCCAACAGAACUGGAUGCCUCAGACUUCUAGGAGACUGACACUAAAUAAGUGAAACAUGAUGACCACGAAGACUUACGUGAAGAAACAUUAAGCCUCCAGCGCCAGUCAUGAUGGCAAGUAAUGCCUGUGUGGAACAUUCAUGCUAUGCCUACUACUGGAAUUAACUAGCUCUAGUAAAGCUGUGUUCCAGAAAUAAUUUACUGAAUGUUAUUGAUUAGCAGUUUUCCCAGCUAAACAAUGUGGAUUGAAGAAUUUGGCCUACAUCCAAUGCUGUAGCUCUGCUCACGCAACAGAAUUUCCUCUCUUCCAGCCCCCUACAUGCACAGAAAUCAGCUCUGAAGGAGCAGGUGGGGGGGGGCUGGGGAGGAAACAGAGGUCCUGUUUUGCGAGCAGAACUUCACUCACACAGCAGUAAAAUACAACCCUUGAGACAGUUUUAUCUCUUAAGUCUUUGGACUCCCAGUUCGGCUUACAAAAAUAACUAGUUAUAAAAAAACCAGUGUGGAACUUCAGCUCUUUGCUUACUGAUUUAAAUAUUUUAUUAGUCAAAAAACUAUCAUUUACUAAGUGGUGUAAAGAGUAAAGCAGAAGAUUGUUCUUGCUCAUUGUGUAAUAGAAUACACAAUGAAAAAGGGAUUGAGGAGAGAAAGCAAUUUCAAGUAUCAAUUCUUAAUUAUCUAAUCUCAGCAGUACUUGACUGGACAGUUAAGUCCAGUCGCAAAUGACUCUGGGGUUGCGGCGCUCAUCUCGCUUUACAGGCUGAGGGAGCUGACGUUUGUCCGCAGACAGUUUUUCCGGGCCAUGUGGCCAGCAUGACUAAGCCACUUCUGGUGAAACCAGAGCAGCGCAUGGAAACGCCGUUUACCUUCCCACCGGAGCGCUACCUAUUUAUAUACUUGCACUUUGAUGUGCCUUCGAACUGCUAGGUUGGCAGGAGCUGGGACCGAACAACGGGAGCUCACCCCGUCGCGGGGAUUCGAACCGGGGACCUUCCGAUCAGCAAGCCCCAAGCCUCUGUGGUUUACACCACAGUGCCACUCGGGUCCCAGUCUUGACUACUAAUGGGAAAGUAAUUAUCAUGUUUUGCAAGAUAUUUGUUCAUAUGUUGUAGGCACGGAAUGCCCAGAUUUCCUGCAUAAUUGGAACGUUGCAUAAGAACAUGAAUGAUUUGGCUUGGAACAUCUUACAAGACUUAAAGGUAAAGGGACCCCUGACCAUUAGGUCCAGUCGCGGACGACUCUGGGGUUGCAGCAUUCAUCUCGCUUUAUUGGCCGAGGGAGCCGGUGUACAGCUUCCGGGUCAUGUGGCCAGCAUGACUAAACCGCUUCUGGCGAACCAGAGCAGCGCAUGGAAACACCAUUUACCUUCCCACUGGAGCAGUACCUAUUUAUCUACUUGCACUUUGACAUACUUUCAAACUGCUAGGUUGGCAGAAGCUGGGAGAGAGCAAUGGGAGCUCACCCCAUCCCAGGAAUUUGAACCGCCGACCUUUUGAUUGGCAAGCCCUAGGCUCUGUGGUUUAACCCACAGCGCCACCCAUGUCCCUAGACUUAAGUUUCCCCAAAGCAUCAACUCAGCUUAACGUUGGGGAAAUUAAAUGGAGCUCUCAGGUGCUCUUAUACCAUUUCUGCUUACACUUGUAGCCAUCUUCUUCAAAGUACGGGAACAGCAACUCCUCUGAUGGUACAGAUUAUGUCCCAGAGAGCCUCUUCACAGAAAGGUGUUGAAGACAUGAUCUAGAAAAAUAUCUCAAUCCAUUUCGGUGGGAUCUAUCUAGGGCAGCUGGAAACAUUACAAAUAUUUGGGGGGUGGGAAACGUAAGAGAAUUUAUACCAUUAAUCUGCACUGUCAAAGAGUCGGCUCUCACUGAUUAAAACCAGCAUGUCCCCUGCUGCCCAGGUGCCUACGGAGAUGGGAAGAAUUGAAGCAACAUUUGCUCCAAGCUCUGACUUUGGGUGGGUUGGAGAGGAAAGUCAUGUCCUCGGAAAGUAUUAAUCUUGGAAGCAGAAAACCAAGUGCAUAAAUGCAUGCAAAACUUGAGUUCCCCAAGUAUGUGAAAGGUAGACUAAGACUAAACUGUACCUCAUCACUUCAAUUAAAGUGGCA